AUUGAUCAUUGAAUAUCUACCUUUGCUAAUAGAUUCUUAGAAAGUAAACGAAAAAAUGGAUAAUAUUUGGGUAAAUUGGAGUUCAAUGAGUUCUUGCAAAGGUAUUAUCUUAUUGAUUGAUGCAAAAUAAAGUAUCUAAUUAUAAACAUUAUCUAAUUAUAUUUUGAAAAAUAAAUAGAAUAUAAAGUAAAUACCCUUUAUUAAUAGAAUAGAUAUAUCGUGUGCAAAUACUGAGAGUUUAGUAUAAUAUUUAAGAUUAUAUGAUUGAUAGCUUAUAUGCUAGAGACAAAGGAGUUAUAUUAAUAAAAGUUAAUUAUCUAAAUGAUUUAAUUGUAUCUAGUGCCUUAAAAAAAGUAAAUAAAUUUUUUUGAAAUAUAUAAUUUUAUUAAAUUAGGUAAAAACUUAAAGCUCCGAACAAGUCUCUCAAAGAAUUGGGACCAUAUGAUAAAAAUAUAAAGAAAAAAAUGAGGCAAGAAUAAGAUAUACAUUUAGACACUCUUUAUUUAAAACAUUGUUAGAAGCAGGUUUUGAGU